GUCCUCUCCCCACAGCAACACGGCUUCUCUUCCUCAGCUCAGCGACAGGGGCUUCCCCUUAGCCGCCGCCGCCGCCGGCCGAGCCCCGCCGCGCCUGCGGCCCGCGGCCGCCAUGCAGUUUAUGUUGCUUUUUAGUCGUCAGGGAAAGCUUCGACUGCAGAAAUGGUACGUCCCAUUAUCAGACAAAGAGAAGAAAAAGAUCACAAGAGAACUUGUUCAAACCGUUUUAGCACGGAAACCUAAAAUGUGCAGCUUUCUUGAGUGGCGAGAUCUGAAGAUUGUUUACAAAAGAUAUGCCAGUCUGUAUUUUUGCUGUGCUAUUGAGGAUCAGGACAAUGAACUAAUUACCCUGGAAAUAAUUCAUCGUUACGUGGAAUUACUUGACAAGUAUUUUGGCAGUGUGUGUGAACUUGAUAUCAUCUUUAAUUUUGAGAAGGCCUAUUUUAUUUUGGAUGAGUUUCUUUUGGGAGGAGAAGUUCAGGAAACAUCCAAGAAAAAUGUCCUUAAAGCAAUUGAGCAGGCUGAUCUACUGCAGGAGGAAGCUGAAACCCCACGUAGCGUUCUUGAAGAAAUUGGACUGACAUAACUCUCCUCCCCUGUUGAUGACUUCUUGUGGCAUUUCACACACUGUAGAUGGUCACUGCCUUCAUGUCCAUGUUAGCUAAUGGUGUAAGAUGACGUCUUGUCAGUAUUACUGUUCUGCUAAGCUGCUUCAUUCAGGCCUACACAAUCUUUUUUUAAAGGGAACUUUGGUUAAUCAAGUGAUAACAAGGGACUUAAAUAUGAAUUAGAACGAAUGCAGGAAAAGAAAGGUACUUUUUC